AUGGCGCACUCUCCCAGCUCGCCCGGCGAGCCAGACCACCGCUUCACAAUCUCAGACUACAUCGACUAUGGCGACGGCACGACAUCGCCCAUCUCUCCUCAACGCGGUGGCGUCACAUCACCAAUGGCGCGCGUCGGACCAUCAGCAGCUGGGCCGAGCAGAGCACCGACACAGCCCAGCCGCGCGCCGUCAAACCAAGGCUACUCGGGGCACAUUCGCCCUCUCCCGCGCGUGCCGCCCCUCACGGCGCCGCAGCAGCUGCAGCACGACCCACCGCUCGCCGCUGGCCAAGCGCUCGGACCCGGCCCCGAACCCCUCCCAGUGCGUCCAGUGCAAACGGCGGCGGCCAGUGCCUCGCCAGACGAGCCGCACGCGGCCGGGCGCUCGGGCCCACCGUCUGAAGAAAACUAUGUCCCCCGCACCCAGCCGACGUACCCUCCGCGCAGUCAGCCCUCGUUCAGCGACUCGCGGCCCGGCGAGCUGAGGCUCAACAGACCCCCGCCGGAACGGGCCCCCAGCUCGGCGAGGCCACCAAAGAGCCACGCGUUCACGCCGCUCAGAGACGAGCCCGGUCCAUUACCGUCUGCUAGCUCGGCCGCGCCGCCCAGCUCGUUUGGCGGCGUAUCCCCCUCGGCGUCGAGCACGCACAUUGCCCGCUCGCCAUCAGGCAGCACGACAUUCACGCCGCUCGUGCACAAGGCCAAGCGCCAGCCGAGUGGGAGCCAAAACUUCCACCCGCUUGUCCAGCCCCAAUCGCCAAGCGCGACGUCUGUGCUCUCGCCUGGCCUGAGCCCGUUACCUCCCGGCGCUGGCUCGAUGGCAGGCUCGCCGUACCGCGAGAGCCCGUCGGUGCUCGCCGACGAUGACGACGAGAAGCCACACGAGAGCGAGAAAAAAGUGGAUUUCCCCCCAGCAGCAGGAGCCAACGCUCCUCCAAAGCGCAAGCGCUGGGCCAUCUCUGUUUGGCUCGACCGGAUCAUCCCCGACUCGACUCCUUGUCGCCUCCUCGUCCUCGUCGUCUUCCUCGAGGCCAUCAUCAACAUUGCGAUUCAGGCCAACAUCUUCUGGCGCUACAACCGUGAAAUGGACUGCAACUCUGGUGAUAAGCAGUGCGAGCGCCUGCCCGUUUACAUUACCGUCUUUGGUAUCGCCCACGUGGUCCAGGUCGGCCUGACCGUCUACGCCAUUCGCACCCGCAAUACCAUCCAGGUCAUCGCACUGGCCAUUUUCGGUGCCCUUCUGCUCAUCUACGCAGUGAUCGAGAUGGCCGAGGUCAGAAAGCUUCUCGGCGCGACCACCACGAGCACCGACUCGUCCGAGCACCGAGCCCUCCUCACGCUGCCACUCAACGCGCUCACAAGCGUCGUCAUUGCGCUCAUCGCCUUAGCCGAGUUCACCAUCAUCGUCCUCACAUACCUCAUCUGGCGCGAGUUUGGUUGGAGAAUCUACCGCUUCCUCGGCGCCGACCUCCGCAUUCGCCGCUACUACCGCGAGUACCAGAUCUUUGAGUGCCUCGUGUGCUUCUCCUUCUUCUUCUUUGCCGGCUUUGGUAUCCAGUUCAUUUUCCUUGUCCUCAACAAGACCGACCCAGAAUACAUCCUCACAUGGGUCAUGCUCCCGCUCUCGCUCGUGUGGCUCGUCAUGGGCGUCAUUGCGGCUCGAAUGGAGAUAUCGUGGCUCAUGGCAACCUUCGACGUCGGCCUCGUCGGCGGCCUCGCCUACUUCAUCUUCAAACUCGUGCGCGUCUUCACCGACAAGGCACAGGUUACCGACUCGGAAACAGGCAAACCAGUGUCCAAGUACUAUCGCCUCACGUGGAGUCUGUCCGUCUUCACGGCGUUAUCCAUCGUCAUGAUCAUCUUAUGCCUGGUGUUCGGCAUCAUCGUCUGGCGCAACUUUGGCAAGGGCCUCAAGCAGGCUGGUGAGUAG